UAAAUGCAUGUAUGUAUGUAUAAUCAAUUUCUACUUGUACUUCCAGCGUGUAGAUGUCCUCUUGGAUUCAUUGGAACAGAUUGUGAGAAACAGUGUCCUUAUCCUGGCUAUGGAGAACAUUGCCAAAUGACGUGCAAUUGUGAGGAACAGUAUUGUAAUCAUACAACAGGGUGUCAAGCUGGAUCGCCAACACUACCACCAAUUGUUCGAAGUACAACUUCUUCACAUAUUAUGUCUUCAAUCAAUCCAACCACUAAAGAAUGUUCACCAGGAUACACAGGGAACAACUGUGAUAUUCCAUGUCGAUAUCCGAGUUAUGGAGUCAGUUGUCAACUGGAAUGUAAUUGUACGGAAGGGAAUUGCCAUUUCCAAACUGGAUGCAUUGAUCACACGACUGCUGAGGAUGAAGAGAAACCAUCAUGUAAUGAUACACAAAGUGGAAGAACCAUGAGAAGGGAGUCACUUGAGUAUGGUGUUGCUGUUCUUGGUCCCGUGGCUGUAAUCCAGUUCUCAGCGUAUUUCUGUUUACGUUAUUUAUACAGACCUGCUGUAUAUGAAAUCAACCACCUGUGAUAAUGUAUUUUCUAACUUCAUCACCACACUGCAAUGUUGCUUAGCAGUGUGAUCUAUUUGUGCUGCGUUUCUUCGUUUGAUAUGUUACGUAUGUGUUAUUUUAAUCUAGACAUGUUGGCAAUAUACACAAUCAAACUCUUUUAAGAGACAGUUACUGUUCGAGGUCGUAACUGUAAAGCAUAAAUCAGCAUCGAUUUGAAGACAUUUCUUUUUAGAAUCCCCCAAAUUGUCACGAUACCGUUAAACGCUUACCUAAGAUCAGUAAUGGGCUGUCAUUACACGUUGUUGAAGGGGAUUUUAUUUCUCCUAAAGCCAAUAUGAAUAUACCCGUAAUUGGAGAAAUCAAUGCAUUUUGAUUUAACUAAAAUUCCCUCACCAAAUAUGUGUUUCAUGACCCGCCAAAAUAAGAUCGAAUAUCCCAAUCUUCUAAUCAACGAACAAAGCAUGAUAUUCUACAAUUAUAGCAGUUUUAUUAUAACAAUGCUAAAUUUCCCAGAACAUUUUGACAUAAUUAGAAGAAACUUUGAGGGACAGUUCCAUGGCACAUACAGUAUGCUUAAAAUUCAAAUCAGCAGACACAAAAAGAAACUUUGUUUCAUAGAAUUUGUUGUCACUUUAACAUACCUCUGUAAACAUAUCACAAUUAUAUUGUUAUAUGCAUUUAGUUUGUCAAUAUAACCUAUCAGGUGAUAUCUGACAUGUUUCAUACCGAUCAAUAGGCCGUUCUUGACACACUGGCUGGUUUUAACUACGGAAAACUU